GGCGACGGCAAAGGGCCGCGGCGGGAAGCCCCGCGUUUGUCCUCCCGCCAGCUCGCCCUGCCUGCGGUGGCUAUGGAGACGGCGAGCGUGGUGGGCGGCGCGUGAGAGGCCGCGUGUGGACCUUCGCAGCCGCCGUCGUCCUCCGCUUUGGUGAGUGGCGUGGGGAGGGGAAGUCUCGGCGGCAUGACGGGCCGCCGGGGGGCGCAGCGGUUACCAUGACAACGCCAUGGAGGGCGGGUCGCGGCCCGGCGCCGUCCACAGGUGGAGAUGAACGACGGGAGGGCGAGGGCCGAGGCGGGUCUGGUCGAAGCGGACUCCGGUCUACGGCUAGCAGCCUGUCAGAGCCUGGGCUCGGUGGGGCGGCGCGGACCCGUCCGAAGCGCCCCCCUUGGCUGGUUGUCCCUGCCAGGAGGGGCGAGGGAGGCUCGGGCAGCCGCUCUCCGUCGACGGAGCCGAAGGGUCGGCGGUGAAAGGCAGGAGCGCGGGGCUUGAGCGCCUCCUCCGGCCCCGUGGUUUCGGCAGAGAGCGGGCCUCGCCCUAGGGUGGGCGGGGAGGCGGCUGCCAUGGCGACGGGCGUAAAUCGCUUUAGGCGCUCGGGAAGCCUCGGCGUCCGAACAGGCAGGUUUCGCCUCGGGAGGGGCCUCGAUCUUUCUCAUCAAGUGGCCGCCCCGAGGCUUGGUUUGGAUCCUCCGACUGGAUCCGGAAAGUUGGUCGGAGGCUGCUUUGCAGGCGAUACCUUCAUCGCCCGGCCCGGCAGAUUUGCAUUGUAAGAAUGGGAUGAUGCUUGGCCAGUUUUCCUUGAUGGAUCAACGCUCCGCUGCUUACUUUGCAAUAUGUGCUGUUGAGCUUAGUGGAAUUUAUUUCUGAGUAGGCAUGCAUAAAUGGUAAAGGGACCCCAGAUCAUUAGGUCCAGUCGUGGCUGACUCUGGGGUUGGGGCGCUCAUCUCGCUUUAUUGGCUGAGGGAGCCGGCGUACAGCCACCAUGACUAAGCCGCUUCUGGCGAACCAGAGCAGCGCAUGGAAACGCCAUUUACCUUCCCACCGGAGCGGUACCUAUUUAUCUACUUGCACUUUGACGUGCUUUCGAACUGCUAGGUUGACAGGAGCAGGGACCGAGCAAUGGGAGCUCACCCUGUCACAUGCAUAGGACUGUGCAUUUAGUUUAUCAGUAAUCAGGUUAAUGUGACACUUACUAAAUAACAACCCGAGUUGGUGACAAUUUUAAUUUUUUGUUGUUGUGAACAUGUGUCUGCCUAGCAGAGGGCAUUUCAUGCAUUUCUCUGCCAGUAUGCAUAAGUAGCAAUGCAGCGUUGAUACACAUUCAACCCUCGUUAACUGCAACAUAAAAGAAAAGUGAAUAAUCUUGUAAUUGGAAACAUGAUUAGUACAGAACAGGAACUAUAGAGUUCAGGCAGUAUUUCUUGUAUCUAGGACUCUCAAGGAAACUUUCUAUAAGUUAUUUGACCCAAUCUUGUAGACCUAUGGCAUUUUGUACAAGCUACAAAAAGCUGGGUGACUAUAGGACCGGUUGGUGGUCAUGAAAUUUGGGUAAAAAAGCAGACAUGGUCCGACAGGCAAUAAAGGUAUUGAAUUACAGCUGUGAAAUAAUCGGGUUCAAGUCAUGAAAAUAUUCUGCAAGAUUGCCUUCUUAGAGUCAUUAAAGUGUCCAUAUUCCAAAACACUUAGUUUCUUUGUAAUGAAACACUUCAUAUAUUUUUUCAAUUUGUAGCUUUCCAUUAAGGAACAUCCACAAUGAGUGACAAAAAAGACACUAGUGAAUCUUCAGACACUGGAGGUCCCACAGAUGGUGGGGACUACGAAGAUGAUUUUGAAAAAGAUCUUGAAUGGCUAAUUAAUGAAGAAGAAAAACAAAUCUCUAAUGAUAUACAGGUAUUAGCAAAAUACUACAUUAGUCUUGUGCCAGUAUCUCAAUUACAUAUGAAAUGUGCUGACGUAAAUAGACUGGAAUGAGAGGACAUUUAUGGUUCUUAAAAUAUUGUUGGGUAUAGGCUGAGAUCCAGGGAACUUAGACCUUCAAGAUCAAGCCAGUGCCAACUUUCAGAAACACCUGGAGUGACCUCACCUGGCAUUAAUGGUACAAGAGGAGAUAAUUCCUUGUGUGCACCCAGAAGUGUGUGUUGGAAUGAAGAGAUUCUUUGGUUUGCAGUCUAGGGCUGCAAUCCAAAAUAAUAGUGAGUAGGCUCUGUUAAACGCAAUGCAAACAUGCAUAGGAUUGCACUGUUUAAAACUUUUUAAAAAACAGGCAAUCUAAUAUUUUAUUGAGAUAACAUACACACACACACACACACACACACACACACACACACUUGGGUAGAAAUGGUCACUUUUAAAGGAGGAUACAGUUGUAUCUCGGCUCCUGAACGUCUUGGGGGUCGAACGUUCCGGCUCCCGGACAAUCAAAAACUGGAAAUGAUUGUUCCAAUUUUCAAACGUUCUUUUGGAAGCCGAACGUCCAACGGGGCUUCCUUGGCUUCCAGUUGGCUGCAGGAGCUUCCUGCAGCCAAUCAACUUGUGCUUUGGAAGUCGAACGUUUUGGAAGUCAAACGGACUUCCGGAACGGAUUCUGUUUGACUUCCAAGGUAUGACUCUAAUUGACUUGGAAUAACUCAGCACAAUUAAGUGAGGAAUGGAACCUGGGCUUCCCACAUCCAAGCUCAACUUCUCAGUCAUUGCACCUCACUGGCUAUUCUUCUAGAAUGUUGUUUAUACACAUUUUGAACUUAAGCUAUUAAGUUUUUAUUUAGUUACAACGAAAAGCAAAUUUGCCUUGGGAACUGUGUGAAUUGGCUCCAGGACACAUAGUAAGCUGCUUUAUUCAGAGCUGGACCACUGGUCCAUCUAGUUCGGUAAUGUCCAUCUCACUGGCAGUGGCUCUCAGGGUUUUAAAGGGGACAUGCUUGGAAGAUGCUGGGGAUUGAAGCUGGGAUCUUCUGCAUACAACACAGAUGCUCUACCCCCAAGAUACAACCCUUCUCCCAUAUUCUUAAAUAUAAUUGUUAAUGGCACACUGGUUGUAUGUGCAGAUUAUACUAAACCAUAGUUAUGCAACAUGAGCAAAAGAAGUGAGUUGCGGUCAGCCUCAAGCUCAUACCCCUCCUGCCAGGGAGGAGGAAUUUGAAUGUUUUGCUUCUGGUUCUGCUUGACACUGGUUUGUUGUUGGACUGACAAACUGUUUACUUUUAGCUGUGAUUAGUUUCAAACAAGCCAAUUUCAAACGAUAGUUACCAAAGCUGACUUGUUUAACACUAUUUAAGAUUAACCACAUUUUUUAGGUCCAGAUGAUACAGCAAGUUUGGUUAAUCGAAAGUGGAAGUGAAUUAUUCCAAAUUCCUUCCUGCAUGAGAUAAAGAGAGGAAGUGUGUGGAGUAAGUCAGAGAGGAGACUAGGCUUGUUCAUUUCAUAAAAUGGAGUUUAGCAUGACAUUUGAAGACAGUCAUUUUAUGUGUGCUUCCCAUUACAUACUAACAUAAAUAGGUACUUUGAAUUUCUUUGUAGAAUCAUGAUGAAAAUGAAGGUGUUGACAAAGACUUAGAAUGUAUGGAAGAUAGAAUAAAUUCUCCACAAGAAUCUUUUGAAGGUGAUGAAGUGGGAGAACAUCCUUCACAAGAGCCUCCUGAGCCUGAGGAAGUUCUGGAUGAGAAGUCACAAAAUGAAAUUUAUUCAAUACUUGAACUUGAUCCUAAGCAGUUGGAGCAAACAUCUGAUUCUGACAGCGAAGGUUCUUGUCAGGAAUCAAAGCUAGAAGACCAGGAGGAUGAUGAUGAAGAUAUAAAGCGGUACAUCUUAGAAAAAAUUGAGGAAGCCAACAAACUACUUCUAUCUCAGGAACCUUUAGAUGAAACGAAAGAAAGGAAACUAAAAUUCAAGGAUGAUCUAGUAGAUCUUGAAAUCCCCUCUUUGAAAGCUUUAGAAACUGAAAAAAAUGAUUCCCACCGGAACAUUUCAGGCAGACUGUCUCAAUUGCACAUUUGUAAUGGAGCAGGAAAGGAGGAUAUUUCUCUUUCUAUUAAUGGCGGUACAGAUGAUGAGCACAAGGAUGGCAAGAUCCUAGUAGAAAGAGAUGGGAAAUUUGAACUCCUCAGUAUCCAUGACAUUGAGAGCCAAGGCUUCUUUCCUCCACUAAGUGUUUCUUUUAGUGACAUUGAAGCUCAACACAUUUCUCCUAAAACCUCCUACAGUACUGCUUUCAGCCCUGUCUGUAUAACAAAGGAAGACUCCUUAGGUCAAACAUCUGUGACCAGAGAAGGGUGCAUUCGUGUCCCUCAACCACCACCCAUUCGGCCAUGCUCAGCAAUCAACAUUACAAGAAACACAGAAAGGGGGAAAAGUCCACGAAGGGUGCAGUCAGCAAAUGUGAGUCUCGGUGCAAGAAGCUCUACAUACUGCCUGUCACCCAGGCAAAAAGAACUGCAAAAGCAAAUGGAACAAAGAAAAGAGAAAUUAAAGAAAGAGGUGAGAGUACAAAGGAAAUGAGAAGAUCAGUGCACUGUAAUUGGGACACAUCCCUCCAUGACUCUCCUUGGCAAACUCACUUUCUUGUUAAGAAUAGCAAGGAGCAUCUUGUGCAGAGUCCCGCCAUUCCACUAGUACAGUUGCAAGUAGUAAGCCCUUUUCAGUUGUGGCUCUACAAUUAUGGAACAAGCUGCUUGUCCAUAUAUGCACAUGCACAUCACUUUGCUUUCAGAAAGAGGAGCAUUAACUACCUUUUAAAAAACACUCUUUUAGGUAUUAGUGCUGCUUUUAGCAUAAUAAUAUAAAAUCGGGGUGGGGUGGGGUGACAGGGGUUCUAGCCUAGCAGCCUGUUUUCAGAUCUAGCAGGUAGAUCUGAAAUGCCCACAAACCAUUCAUGAAGGCAAUAAGCUGCUCCCAUUAUUUAUUCCCACUUCAGCUAAUAUUCAGAGAUACACUGAUUUUGAAUAUGAAAAUUCCCUUCAGCUGUCAUGGCUAAUAGCCUUUAAUGAGAACUGCCAAUUCCACUUUUAAUACCAUCUAAGCUAGUUGCCAUCAAUUCAUCAUUAGCAAUAAUUAAGUGUUGUAUACUGUAUUUGCUUUCAGUGUAAGAAUGUAUGUAUAUAUGUAUGUAUGUACAGUGGUGCCCCGCAAGACGAAUGCCUCGCAAGACGGAAAACCCGCUAGACGAAAGGGUUUUCCGUUUUUGAGUUGCUUCGCAGGACGAAUUUCCCUAUGGGCUUGCUUCGCAAGACGAAAAUGUCUUGCAAGUCUUGAGAUUUUUUUCGCUUUCCCCCCCUUUAUCUAAUCUGCUAAGCCUUUAAUAGCCUUUAAUAGCCUUUUAGCAGCUAAUCCGCUAAGCCUUUAAGCCUUUAAUAGCCGCUAAACCGCUAAUAGCGCUAAUCCGUUAAGCCGCUAAUAGGGUUGCUUCGCAAGACGAAAAAACCGCUAGACGAAGACUCUCGCGGAACGGAUUAAUUUCGUCUUGCGAGGCACCACUGUAUGUAUGUAUCGUUAAGGCAGAGGGCACCAACCUUUUUGGGCCACUGGGUACACUGGGAAAUUGUGAGGGAGUUCUGAGAGUACCAGUCACAAAAUGACUGCUGUGGAGGUUUGGCAUACCACAAAAUGGUUGCCACAUCUAAAAGAACGGAAAAAGAGAUGGGCACUCAACUGUACCAUUUUGUGGUCCUGGUAGCCACUAUCAUUAGAAAAAGACACCUAUAUCAGUCACCAUCAUGCUCACUCCUUGCACCUCUGCUCUAUUCAAAAUGGGAGGAUGGGUGUCCAGUUUUAGCAUUUAAUAAAACAUGGGCAUGUUUAGAGGUGUGUGUGUGAAGUAGGGGAGGCUGAGCAAGUGCAAACAGGAGCUGAGCAGGAAGAGCAAACAGAAACUCACACACUCUGGAUUUUUAGGGGACAUAUACUGAGAUCUUUGGUGCUAAUGCCCAUGGGCACUAUGUUGGCAACCCCUUCUGUAAGGAGAUAGGUUUUUACCCACUUUCAAUAGAAUUACAUUUUGCUCCUUAAAAAGUCUUGUAGGAAAGAUUUGUAUGACUUGAAGAGAAAUCUGAAGUAGAUACGGUGUUUUGCAUAUCCACAUCUUGCUUACCUGUAUCUCUUCCACCUAAAACCACUAGCCUUUAUCAUUAAAGCAUUGCUCAGAUGCAGUUCUCCUUAUUGUUGGUUUUGUGCUAUGGUUUGAAAUUGGAAAUGGGGAACGGGAGGAUCUUAUAAAGAGGUGCUAAGUAAUAUGUGACUUCACUGCAGCUGUCUCUAAACUUGAAAUUCUACUUUUUUUUUAUCCUUCUAGUAUUUUUAGAGACAAAUAAUGAUCAUUACCAUCCCCACCUAGCUUGCAGAUGUGUAAAUGCAGCACCAAAAAAUCAUUCCGUUCACCUUAAUGUUCUUAAUAUCUCCCAGACACAUUGAUAACAUUGUAACCUCUGGAACACAUUACUAUCAUUACUCUGUAUUCAGUUCUUUUCAGGAUGGUCUAGAAUAAUUUCAAACACCUUUUACUACCGCUGCUUGAAGAAUUGCUGAAUUUUUGAAUUGGGAUUGUUUAAAAGUUCACAUUCUUUGUUCACAUUUUAAUGUAAGGAAGAAAUUCGGAAAAGAAUACAGGAGGAGGAGAAAAGGAGAGAGAAUGACAUGGUCUUCAGAGCUUGGCUGCAGAAGAAAAAAGGGCAGCUGCAGGAAGAGAGACGAAUUCAGAGGGCAAAACAGCUGGAAGACUUGAAUAGCAGAGUAAGUUUUCCCAUGCCUGUUGUCCUGCUGCAGCCUGUUUUAGUUCUAAAAAGUUGAAACGAAGAAAAAACCAAUCUGCCUGACAAGGAUUGACAGCAAUCUCACCUUCUAUUUCCAGAACUGUAGCUGCAAGCAGGUAUAUGGCCAUGACAAUUUUAGGAUCACUUGCCUACAGUCAAUAUAAGUUAUUUAGAAACCCAUUUGCUAUGCUGUCAAAUAUCUGCAAGACUCUUUUUGUGGCAGUUGUGCUAUUUGUAUGCUACCUUUUAAUUAAAUUUAACAUGGCAGUUUCCCCCCUAAGCAGAUGUUUGUGUCUGGUGUAGGCAUCCACUGGAGACUACUUAUCUAUGUCAUGACACAUUUAUUUGCCUUUAUCAAACAUAUUUAAUGCCUGGUAUAACUAUGCAGAAGGCAUAGAAAAUAAGGUGGCCUUAUUUGUCUUUGGCUCUUGGGAUGGUGGUGGUAAAGAGUAAGGAGUGUGCAAGACCUUUUAUAUAUCCAAAUAAUAAUGAUGAUGAUGAUGAUGAUGUCAGUUACUUCAGACUUUUUAUGGCAGCUGCAUUUAGCCCUUAUUGUACAGGAAUAUUGUUCUUAAUCUAACUGGAAAGUUCUCAGUAAGCUAAAGGAUGGGAUAUGAGAAUUUAUAAAUUCUAAUAUCAAACAUCUCAUACUAAAAUCAUUGUGUUACUGAGCAAAGCAAAUCACUUGAUAGGCAAAUCUGAGGCUCGAUUCCAAAAAACAGCAUCCUUUUGUGACUGACCAGCUUGAAAACUGAGUUUUUUCUCAGGUUGUGAAGUUUUUCUGAUGUUAAGGUUCAGACUUCCACUGCAGGUAAGUAAUAUUGUUUCCUCCAAAAUGUGUGUGUAUAUAUUGGAAUAUAUAUAUAUAUUUAUAUAGCCUUUAGUGUAUCUAGCCGUUUCUGGAAAGCUGGUAUGCUGCCAUGAGCCUUAGCUUCAAUAUGCGUGAACCUGAAUGCCUUCUAGAUGCGUUUUUGUGGAUUAUCAAGCAACUAUGCCUCCUCAAAAUAUAUACUGAAUACAGUCGUACCUUGGAUCCCAAACUCCUUGGUACUCAAAACCUGGAAGUGAGUGUUCUGGUUUGCGAACAUUCUUUGGAACCCAAACAUCCAAUGGGGCUUCUGAUUGGCUGCAGGAAUUUCCUGCAGCCAAUCAGAAGCUGUGUUUUGGUUUCCAUACGUUUUGGAAGUCGAACGGACUUCUGGAAUGGAUUCCGUUUGACUUCCAAGGUAUGACUGUAACUGGAAAGUGGUGUAAAAUGCUCACAUUAGCAUUGUAAACAAGUUGCUCAUAUUUGAUUUAUUUGGCGUAGAUCUUUGGGGAGUUUCUUUUUCUUUUGAAGCAGGAAAGCAGAAAUCCAGAAGCAGCUUACAAGUCAUGGCUUAGAAAAAAGCAGAUAGAACACAUGAAAGAAAAACAGAUACAGAACCUGAAAGAGCAGGAAGAAUGCAUGUUUUUCCUUCCAAGAACAGCGGAAAAUGACAACGCUUAUAAACAGUAAGUUGUUCAGUGUUGUGUUUGUCCUGUUACUGAACAAUUCCAUCUCACUUUUUAUCAACUUAAUUUGGAUUGUUUCCCUAGGAAGCAGAAGAUGACAGCCUUUUGCCCUCAUUUGGAAGUGUCUUCCCUCACUCUGCAGUUUUCUUCACCCGCUAGAGCCCAUGUAUUUCUGAGGAGCAUCCUCCUGCUAAAGAGCAGUGCUGCUCUCUUAACAUCAGCAUUACAGCUGCUUACUAGGGUGGUACAUGGGCUGGGUCACUGUGAGGACGUAGCUGCACAGGCACACCAGCAGAGUAUAUGGUCAUGGUGGGAAGGUGCCCAUGCAGCACCAUAUAACUGUACCUGCUGCUAAGACAGCAGGAUAUAGCACUAGAACAAAUAAUACUGAAUUGCCAAGAGCCAAAAUUUUAGAAAAUUGGGAUUGCUCCAAAACUGGUCUAAAGGGGGCUGUGGAAUAUCAUAUCAUUAUAUGUCACAGCCCUCUUUAAUUAAUGAUGAACUCAGUUCUUAUAACAGGAACUUCAAAAAUGCAUAUUAGCCCUCAAGCGUUAUUAUCUAGUCAAAAGCACUUGUGGUCCACCUAGUAUUCAGUGUUCUUAUCACUCUGUAAACGAUCCUCUGAUGCCGUGUUCUAUUCUGGAGAGAGUGCUGUUUUUGCUAAGGAUAAAGUAGGUGACCUGGUUUCAGUAAACCUGGAAGAAGUAAUCAAAUUAAGCUUGGACCACUUCAUAUUCAGUUUUUCAAAAUAAUUAAUUUCUCUGCAGAUGGCUAAAAAGGAAGAGACGGGAGAGGCGAGAAGAGCAAAUGGCUGCCAAAGAACGAGCAAGGCAGCUUAGACAGGAAGCCAGAAGAGCAAAACAAAUAGAGAACAUUCUCUGUUCAAUUUCUGAACCAAAAUCUUUUCGCUUCACGGACCAGUACAGCUGAGAUUUAGAGUCACCGGAUGCCUCCAGUAUGACUCUUACAGUACCUUGUAUAGCUUGCUCUUGAAAGCAGCUUCUUCUGGGAUGUUUCAUAGUCCUUCAAUAACGGCUUAAUUUUCUCAAUCUUACUAAUCUCUCCCCCUCUUAAACUUGGAAUAAGUCUCUAUUUGUGAAUGGGUUGGGGUGGUGUUCUUAGUUCUACAAAGCAAAAAACAGAAUAAAUGCCCAUAUGGCAAUUGUGGUGUAAAUCCUUUUUAAAUAGCUUGCCUUGGGGACCAGCGUUAUCUUCAUACCAAGUAUUUUGUGUAAAAGCUACACUUAAACUACUGUCACAGCUGAUGGCAAUGUGCUAGCACAUAGCACUAAGGACUUUACCAACAUCUAGUUGGCACUUACUCCUGGACAUUGCAGUUUCAAAGUUCUGUCCUAUUGUUCUUCCCUGUUGUACUGAUCCUGAAUAGGUAGUGGAGGGGGCAGUGUGAAAAUAACAACUGAAACUUAAUGGUAUUCACCAUUUCUUCAAGCACUGUUUGCUCAUUUGGGGGUACUUACUGUGCCUAAGAAAUCUCAUCCUUUCCUAGCACAGAACCAAUGGAAACAAGCACAGACUAAUUUACUGCAUUGGUGAAGGUAGGUAAAUGUUAGAGAAUGGUUCUUGUGCUCAGAACACAACUAGUAAAGUGCAAGGUGCUCUGAUACUGUCCGACAUUAUUCUUAUGUUUUUGUCAAUUUGUUCUCA